AUGGCACUAGGUGACGGAGAGUCGUGCAAGGUUGUCCUUGUACGCACAGUUCGCGAUGCCCAUGAUUUGAAUAGACCCGGCACACUAAUUGUCAUGAAAACCGUGUCAAAGAAAUACAUGCGAGAAUUCGAUCUGUUUGUUAUCGUAUACGAGAAGGACAAAGAGCAUUCAGUGCUCACAGAACUUCCUGAAACCCUUUCGUUACCAGGAUGA